AAAAAAAAGAAUCCUGAAAGUACCCUGCCUCGAUCCCUGGGAAUAUUUCCCUUUUUUCUUCACAGAUGAAUUAAGCCUUAGGAGUGAUGGCAGGCGCUGGAGAGCGCAAAGGAAAGAAGGAUGACAAUGGCAUUGGCACGGCCAUUGAUUUUGUAUUGUCCAAUGCUCGACUUGUACUGGGUGUGGGAGGUGCUGCCAUGCUGGGCAUUGCCACCUUGGCUGUCAAACGGAUGUACGACCGGGCAAUCAGUGCUCCUGCCAGCCCCACCCGCUUGAGCCAGUCAGGAAAGAGAAGCUGGGAGGAACCAAGCUGGCUUGGAUCAUCGUCACGGCUGCUGAACCAAGACAUGAAGACUAGUCUUAGUCGUUCUCUGCAGACUCUUCCCACUGAUCCUUCAGCUUUUGAAAUAGAUUCAAUAAAAUCCAUGAAGCAUAAAUCAUCUGCCAAGAAAAGCCAGGUGGAGCUGAAGAAGGCCCGUCUCCGGAUGUCCUUGCAAGAAAAGCUGUUUGCCUAUUACCGGAGGAAGGUGGCCAUCCCAGCAGAGGAGGAGGCCAGGGCCAAGCAGGCUGCUGUGGAUAUAUGUGCUGAACUGCGUGGUUUCCUCCGUGCCAAGUUGCCAGACAUGCCUCUGCGUGAAAUGUACCUUAGUGGGAGCCUCUACGAUGAUUUGCAGGUUGUGACUGCUGAUCACAUCCAGCUCAUUGUUCCUCUGAUACUGGAACAGAACCUGUGGUCGUGCAUUCCAGGGGAAGAUACCAUUAUGAACAUCCCAGGCUUCUGCCUGGUACGUCGAGAAAACCCAGAAUACUUCCCUCGUGGCAGCAGUUACUGGGACCGCUGCGUGGUGGGGGGCUACCUCUCGCCCAGGGCUGUGUCUGACACCUUUGAAAAAGUAGUGGCAGGCUCCAUCAACUGGCCAGCUAUUGGUACCCUCCUAGACUAUGUGAUCCGUCCAGCAGCGCCCAUGGAAUCUCUAACUUUAGAGGUCCAAUAUGAAAGAGACCGGCACCUUCUAAUAGACUUCUUACCAUCUGUGACACUAGGCGACACUGUCUUGGUGGCCAAGCCACACCGACUGGCCCAGUAUGAUAAUCUGUGGCGACUCAGCCUUCGGCCAGCGGAGACAGCUCGCCUGCGGGCCUUAGACCAGGCUGACUCUGGCUGCCGUUCCUUGUGCCUCAAGAUCCUCAAGGCCAUAUGCAAGCUGAACCCUGCACUGGGUCAUCUUUCUGCUAGCCAGCUCACCAAUGUCAUACUACACCUGACCCAGGAGGAGACUGACUGGUCACAAGAUGUGCUCGCAGACCGUUUUCUUCAGGCAUUGAGAGGAUUGAUUGGCUAUUUGGAAGCAGGGGUUCUUCCCAGUGCUUUGAAUCCCAAGGUGAACUUAUUCUCAGAACUUACUCCUGGAGAAGUGGAUGAGUUGGGCUACACCCUGUAUUGUUCCCUUUCGGAACCAGAGGUCCUGCUGCAGAUAUAAUAGCUGCCUUAUGUGUGAGAAUAGGGUUAGAGCUACCGUCUAUGACAGGUUCUCUGACACCUCCUGAGUGAGAGAUGCAAAUCCUGCCCCACUGUUUUGGCAAGUCCACCUCUGUUCGUUUUUUUAUUAUUCAGUCUAUUACAUUUCUUGGUGCUACAGGUCCAGUUCCAUUACCCUCGUAGCAGCUGUCUGAAAGGGGAGGAAGUGAUGUGAAACUGUUGCUCGGUCUAUUAUAGAGUCCUUGCUGAUGUCUCACCUGCCUACCCAACACCUUCCCCCAAUACUCUAUACCUUGCUGCAACGAAGGCUCAGUGCCAUCCUCCAAGUUGUGGAAUUGGGUCAGUAAACUACUGGCAAGUUUUUGGAAUCACUUAAGUGAGGUCAUUUUUCCUCUUUCAGGGCUCUGCCUCUAUUCAGUGUUUGUUUUGGGGUUGUUUUUUAAAAAGAUCCUUUCACACCCAGAGGUGCAUGGCAUCCUGAAAUAAAUAUUUCAGUAGUAAUAUUUAUAGCAGGGAAUGUAUUUGUAUGAGCUCUGCACGUUGAUUGAAUUUAUAUUAUUUGUAAGAUGGGGUGGGGGUGGGGUUCCAGAGAGAGGGAGAGUUUGCACAUUGCACAGUUUUUCACUGCUGCUGAGCUUAACUGUAAUCCCAUUGCUGGGAAUCUGAGUGUAUAUUAUCUGGGGUAUACUCUUCUGCCAAUCUGGUGUCCUUCACUUUGCACAUAUGGUUCUUGUUGCACCCGUACUUGAAAAACUGCCAGUAGAUCCCUAAUGGGUUUAGAAGAAUGUAGAGAGAGUGAUUUCCCAUUUGUUGCUAUUGAGAUCACUUGUCCAUGUGGCAACUGGCUGAGAAAGUAGGGAAAGUCCCUUUCACUGACUUUCCUUGUGGCAUAGAGCAAGAAAAUCUAGACAUUAGGCGCCAUCUUCUGAAAUAGUCCCAUUAUGAGCAACAUUUGAUGGAAAUAAAUACAAAAGGUUCUUGAGAAUUGGACCUUGAUCUUCCAUGUAUUGGCAAACUAGGAAAUGAUGGGCCUCCUGAUUGUAAAAUUACUAAUCAAUAGGUAGUUACAAAGGUAAAGUUUCUGUGGGAAAGCCAAAAAAUAUAUGUUUGAAUGGAAUAUAUACAUUAAAAUUAUGCUUCAUAUACAUUUAAAGAGGGUGGUAUAAUUUACACUUAAUCAGUUUGACUCUGCUGCUUUUAAGAAUCCCUCUCACUAAGUCCUGUUACCCUGCUCUUUAUAUCUGCCUGCUCCCUGGAAUAGUGAUACAGCCCGUAGGGGGAGUGGCCACUUACUCUAGCUAUAUCUCCUGCUUUGCAGGCAUGAAAUUGGCAUUGACUGUGAAUGUGCUAUCUCUCAAGAACACUUGUUUCUCUUACUGCUGCCAUCACCCCAAAAAAAGUUAAGAGGGUGUGUUCUGAAUGGUAAGACUCUGCCUAACCGGCAUGACAAGCAUUGCUAUGGUUGCAUAUAUGUAUGGUUCCCCUGUUUUAACAUAUAAAAUACCCACCCUUGCCAUUAAAAGUCAGCAAGGAUAAUGAGAUAAUUUGUAGGUGUAGGGAGUCGGGAACAAGUGCCCCUCCCUGUUCCUUCUUUUAAAGGCGCUGCUUAUGUUAACAAGACAAACCUUUAAUGUAGUUCCAGAGUGGAGAUUUUAGUCUGCAUUCCCUACUUAUGGAGGGGAACCCCUUUCAGCUUCUGUCUUCUCAAAUCAGUUUGUCUGCUGGAUGGUAUUUGUUUGUACAGCAAUGAAACAGUGUUGCAGUUAUUUAAGACUCAUCAGACUUCUAGCCAAAGACUUGGAAGGUUGUGUGUGAGUGUCUGGUAAUUUGUAGCCUGGAAAACCACCCACUUUUUCACUUGACAGUGGGAUUGGUCCCCACCCCACCCCCAGGUACGCUUCAAUUAAUCUCUCUCCCGUCUCAGCCAUUUUUCCAGUUGGAGUCUUCCUGCCACCCAUGCUGGCAAAUAAGUAUGCAGAGGAUAGGUGGAUAAAAAAAACUUGCUAAGAAUAGAUAGCUCAGGAGUUGCAUGAAACCUCAGUUUCACCUUCUCGGCAUUCUCCUUUUUCCUCUUUCCCAUCAUUUGGCUGUUUGCUUCAAAGUCGCAGCAUGCUAGGAGAUCCUGAAAUGGUGUCUUGGAGUAGGAGGGAAUCUAGUAUUUCCUGACCUUCCACUCAUCAAAUACUUAUCAUUACUUGCUUGUUUUAAAAAUAAACCCUUUUACUUAUUAGAAACAAAUUUAAUAGCGGUUUUGACCAUGUAUUGUCGCUAUCAAGCUGCAUAUGUAUUGAAUGUAGGCUUAGGCCAUCUCUGUUCCCCGCAAGAUAUUAUUUUGUUUUCUUCACUUUCAUCACUUUAGCUGUUCCUUUCUAAAAAGUAAUGAAUUGUCUUCCUUUGAAAUUCCUAAAAAAAAGAAAUAGGGCUUUCAGCCUAUUUCAUAAUUAGACAGGUGCUCCUAAUCCCAUAAGCAGCAAAUGAGAGACCUUCCCAUUGGUACUCAUCUCAAAGUCCAAAGUUGUAAUGGUGAAGAGAAUUGUCUGGGCCAUCCCUAAUUUCUGUAGAAGGGGAUGCAUCUUUCACAACUGUUGAGGCACCAGGUUGUGAGGGACAACUCUAAGAACCUUGUACUAAUGCUACUGUGUGACUCGAAGUUCCAGUCUGAAGAAUUGUUAAGUUGAUGCCCAUCAGUAUUCACUAAAAAUGCAUGCUAUAUUUGGUAGUUAUAGCUAGGAGGGUUCAGUUUUAAGUAUUUGUGGAUUCCUCAGAAACAUCAGAACGGAGUAUAGAUGUGGAUAGUGUGAAAUGCAGUUCAUGGCUGCCUUCCUAAUCACAGGAGAAGGGGAGCCCUUGGCAUCAAAUGACUCUCACAAGCCCAGAAGCCUGAGCAUGCUCUUGACUCCUUGAGCCUUGGGAAAGCUUUGAAUCACACACACCAAUGUGAGUCUUCCCUGAACUGCAGGGUGGGGACCAACUGGCUCAACAGUACAUUUUUGUUGCCCUCAAACUCCAUUAUUAAUCUUUCAAGUCCUAUGAAAUUUUUAACAUGAGAAUUGUGUACAUGAUAAUGGGUUUUUUCCAGUGUUUGUGUGCCCAUGUUUUUGAAGGAAGAGGAAUGAGAUAUUGGAGAUCUUUUGAGUCCUAUGAAAUUCCGAACAUGAGAAUUAAUUGUGUACAUGGUAAUGGGUUUCUUCCGAUGUUUGUGUGCCCAUGUUACGGAAGGAAGAGGAAUGAGAUAUUGGAGACUCUCUCAAGCCCUAAUGUUAUGUAAAGGGGUUGGAAGAGGAAAGUCUCAUGCAUGGUCUGUGACAGUAUGUGGAAAUUGUGAAAUAAAAAAAAACUUUCCACAAUCAUGUGGAUGUUUUAAA